AUGGAAAAGUUUGUACUUUCAACUUUUUUCUCCAUUGAAGAUUUCAUCUCGUAUCUCAUACAAUGGUCUCAAUUCCAGUUGGUGGUUCCACCGAAAGAUAUAGAUGCCACUCGCUUUGUCGCAUUUGGAGACAACUCACCCGUAUAUGAAGGCGUCGCUCGUAGUCUUGGCUAUAAGCCCAAGAGUGGUGGUUUUCACUUUACCCAUUCAGUUCUUCGGAGGAAAUUUACGUUUUUUCGUCAUCAAAUGCUGGUUUUUUGCCCUUAUUGUGGAUCCAUGUUGCAAAUUGAAGAAGGUGAUUCUUGUAUGCAGUUCUCAUGUCCGUCAUGUCCUUACGUAUGUCCUGUUACAAAAAAGGUAAGUAGUCGUAUAUACCCUAAACUAAAAGAUCUUGAGGAAGUUCUUGGCGGACCAUCAGUAUGGGAUAACGCACAGGUAACAAAUGAACGAUGUCCGAAAUGUUCGCAUGAGCGAGCAUAUUUCAUGCAGAUACAGACGAGGUCUGCUGAUGAACCUAUGACUAUAUUCUACCGAUGCGCAAAUGCUGAGUGUGCGCAUCGCUGGAAAGAUUAGUU